AUGAUGGCGGAAGAGCUCAAAAAAGAGCAGGACACAAGCAGCCACCUCGAGAGGAUGAAGAAGAACAUGGAGGCCUCGGUGAAGGACCUGCAGCACCGUCUCGAUGAAGCUGAGAGCCUUGCACUGAAAGGGGGCAAGAAGCAGCUGCAGAAACUGGAGGCUCGGGUGCGUGAACUGCAAAGUGAAAUGGAGAGUGAACAGAGAAGAGCUGCGGAGGCUACCAAGGGAGUUCGUAAAUACGAGAGGCGGAUCAGGGAGCUCACGUACCAGACGGAAGAGGACAAGAAGACUGUCGUGAGACUGCAGGACCUUGUUGAUAAACUGCAACUUAAAGUCAAAGUAUAUAAACGGCAGAGCGAGGAAGUGGAGGAGCAGGCCAAUGUUAAUCUUGCUAGAUUAAGGAAGGUCCAACAUGAUCUGGAAGAGGCCCAGGAGCGAGCAGAUAUUGCGGAGUCUCAAGUCAAUAAGAUGAGAAGCAAAAGCAGAGAGUUUGGAAGGGUAACUUCAUGCACCAACAUCAUAUACCGUAUUUUCCGUACCAUAAGGCGCACCUUCAAUGAAUGGC